UCACGUGCGUUUUUCCAGCAUGGUGACCUCCUUGGACUGUAAAUACAGCUAGGCUUUGGAGCAAUGAAGACGAACGAAUUGUUAGUUGUUACACUGUAAAUGGAGUAAGUGCAGUUUCAACCAGGUAACGUUAUACUCUUAUAAUCAGGAUGAUAACACUUUGCAGGGAUUCAUAUUAUUUAACAACUACAGCUGUCAUUCUCUUGAGUUUCAUCUGCUUUUAAAUCACAUAACUAACCGGUAGUACAUAGUCUUUACUUUUACUUUGUAUAUUAUGUUAUAAUCUGAAGUAAUGGCUGUGCAAGUGCCAUUUGCUGGACUUCUGUUUAUGCACAGACUGGUGAGAAUUAGCACAUUCAGUCAAAGACAUCUCAGGAACAGGGACAUGCUUGUAAAACUCCAGAAAUGUAAGAGGGAGAUCCGAACUUUUUCAACUGGUUCUGUGAAAUGUAACGAGAAUGAGGGAGAGAACUCAGACUCUCACACCCAGCUGAGCUCCAGGCAAGCACUGCUGUCCAGAAGGAGGCGGCCCCUGUCCCCCCUGGAGAGGAUCAGUGGCCUGCUGCCCCCGGAUGCCCUGAGCCCUGAGGUGCGGCAGCUGAGGGGGCAGAACCAACAGGACCCUGCAGAAGACACAAACAUCCUGGUGCCGGUCACACACUGCACACUAGAGGAAAGUGGACAUGAGGCAAUCCUUAGAAAGGAUGAUUUAGAGACCCAUCCUGCACCAGAUGCAGUUCUGGAGCCAAACACUUCAGAAACUCAGUUGAACGGAGCAUUUCAUGAGGAGAAAAGGUUGAUCGCACCCACUCUUCCUGGGGAGAGAGGGCUCGCGUUCGGGGAGCUGCUCGUCGCUGAGUUCCGCAAGAAAGGGCAGGUGGAGUUCAGGAAGAUGUUCCAGCUUCAGACAGGGACACGUUUGCAGAGCAGCUGGGGGAUCAUCCUGCAUGACGACAUAGCCGGGCAGCCUGCAGGUAGCUUCCUGAAGACAAACAGGGAGGUUCCCAUCCUAAUUCGGCGGGCCAGUCUGGAGGAUUAUGUGCUGUAUAUGAAGAGGGGGCCAGCCAUCGCCUACCCCAAGGAUGCAGGUACCAUGCUUAUGAUGAUGGAUGUCACAGAAGGAGACUGCGUGUUGGAGUCAGGCUCUGGUUCCGGGGCCAUGUCUCUGUUCCUGUCCAGAGCAGUUGGCUUUAAGGGCAGCGUGCUGAGUGUUGAGGUCAGGGAGGACCACCUCAGUAGAGCUAUGCUAAACUACGAGCGCUGGAGGACAUCAUGGAGUCUGCGACGAGGGGAAGAGUGGCCAGACAACGUCCAAUUUCACAACGCCGACCUCUGCGUGGCCUCCUCGCUCCUGGCUGGUCGGGGAUUUCAUGCGGUUGCUCUUGAUCUGAUCAACCCUCACCUGGUUUUACCCACUGUGAUUCCACAUCUGCACCCUGGAGCAGUAUGUGCUGUCUACCUCGCCAAUAUAACACAGGUCAUCGACCUGCUGGACGGGCUUCGAUGUUCGGCGCUCCCUUUGCUGUGUGAACGCAUCAUCGAGGUUCCAAUCCGAAAUUGGUUGGUGGCUCCGGCUCUCCAGAAGAACGGAAGGUACUGCGCCAGGAAAGCGCCGAUCCUGGAUGAAGACCAGAGGGAGGAGACAUCGGAGGAGAGUGACAAAGCAGAGGUGACCACAGAGGAACACCCAGCCUUCGGGAGUAUUCCCUACAUUGCCAGACCUCAUCCUGAACAAAUGACCCACACAGCAUUCCUGGUGAAACUGAGGAAGUAUGUGCAGUAGCUGGUCGGCCUACCUUGGGACAAAAAAGAUUGUCACUUAUCAACCAAAUGACCUUUACUGUAAAUAAUUAAAAUAAAUGUCAAAAUGUCCA